AAUAGAUCCAUUUGUUAUACUUAUAUGUAUAGAUGCAAGUUAGAUGCAUAUGAUAGGUACAACAUUAUGAACAAUCUGAACACCGAAUGCUGCCGUACAACUGCCCAAACACGUCCUGUGCGCUUUCCUUAGGUAUCUCAUGUACUACAGUACCGGUACAGUACCUAGGUACCUACCCGAUUUAACCCUUCUCUUUCCUUGCCAUUUUCAACCUCGGACCAUCUUGACUUCUUGACUUCUCAACUUUAACAUCUUUCAACUUAACUUUCUACAUUCUACUCUUUACUUCUAUUUCUUACUUCCUACUAAGUACUUAUCUCUUAUAACAUUCCAUCUCAUCUUUCACCUACAGAAAUUAGGCAUUGAAUCCUUCUAUCCGUCGUCCGCCUCCGGCAACCGUUUUCCGUACUACACAACCCGUAGUUUUCGCUUCUAUCAGACUAUCGCUUUAACUAGACUAUGGGCCUUUGAUACGGCUGCAUGUCGUCUUUCGUCUCGUCGUCUAUUGGUCUGGAUAUGAACCAUCUAGAAUCUGCCUCCUGAAGUUAGGCACCUCUCUUACCAUAGUUCAGUCGGGCUGUCUUCGAUCCGGGAAGAAUUAAGCCAGGACCACCAAGGGUUAUUAAGGACCGCCAACGAACGCCACCUUUCGUCACCGCUCGCUUGCUGUAUAUUACACUGCCGAGAAUCCCCUCCCUCACAUCAGCCGAGUUUCUCUAAUUACCCCUCGACUGUCCAGAUUCACCAACCAUGCCGUCUUCUACUGUCCACAUAGGCGUACCGCCGAGUCUCCAGCGGUUCGCCUGCUUCUCACAUUUUCCAUUCGAUAUCCGCCAUCAAAUAUGGGAGGAGAUUAUUUAUACACCCGGAAUUCAUUUCCUCAAGUUCGAGCAUAAUGAUGAUACCGUAAUGGACGACUCGGACUCAGCAACCGACGACGGUGAUAGCAUCAUGGAUCGCGUACCAACCUCCGAGGCCGAGCCUGGAAGACAUGCCAAACGGGCAAAGUUCAGCAGCACCCUCAAACCUGUUUUCCCUUUCCCGGCAGCCGACAAAUCAUAUUAUCUUACGAUGAACAAGACUUUCACUCAGCUAUCCUUAGCUUGCAACGAGGCUAAGGAUCUGGUAGAGAACUUGAUCUCACGUUCUGGAAAUUUAACGCUGGAUAAUGGCCGCUUGGUUCUCCUGGAGAGAUCAUCUGAUAUUGUCUGCUUUGACUAUCCAGGUGCUUCGUGGUCUCGAUCGCUAGGCUACUGGGCGGAUCAUCUAGACCUUGACCAACUUGCCAAGAUUCGCCGUGUGGCCAUCCGUUAUAGCACUAAAUGGGAUGAAGAAUGUCGUGUGUGUCGUACCUGUGGUAUUAUCCACAACUUUCAUCGGAACCAUGAUAACACUCGUCCACGGCAUGCCUACGAGUUUGCAGCUCUGUUCAAAAAUCUCGAGACAUUCUACUUCAUGGAUUGUUUAGCGGUCCGCAAGCAACGUGAUAAAUCUAUGCCUACCUCGUGCGUCUAUGCAAAGCAAGCAUUUGGAAAUAAGGGAGAGCGCUUUGCUAGCGGCGAAGGAGGACGCACGUAUUAUGAGGUUGACCCUCAAUAUUGCAAGGUCAACACGCAUGUCUUCCGAACCCUCGAUUGGGUUCGCGAUAAUUACAUUACGCACUGCCAGAAACGUCACAAGGGCCGAGCAGACCCGGAGAAGGUCAAGUUUAAGGUUUUAACGUGCGAAUGGGAUGCCGAAGAGUUGGUCCCUCCCAAGCGACAAGAAACUAAGCCGAGUCGUGUCAGUAACAAGGGACACAGAACCCGGAUUACCAGUGUCACCGAUGACAUGAAGAAGCUGAAGCUAAAUGAUACCCAGAGCCGGGACACCAAAAUAUAUGAGGGGCUUCCUGUUAUGUUCGGCGAUGGUGGCAAAUCCAAAUUCGAGUUCACUAUUGAAGUACCUCAUUCGCUGAGUGCUUAGCAUGGACAUUUCGCGCUAUUAGUCGGUUUCCGUUUUCCGUCACAUGACAACUUCGGAUGACAAGAUUGUCGAGGGAGACGUGAUGAACCGCGAGAAUGUUCCUUCUGUUCUGUUCUCCUGAUUAUAGGUGUUGAUACCCACAAACUGCUACAGGCGUUAUCGGUCGCGAGGAGUACGCAAGGAAGGAUGGCGUCCAUGGAGCAUAGCUUACGAGUAAUGAAAAGUUCGUGGAGACUCGGUUUAUACAAUAAAACUCAUGUUCGCCUUAGCGAACUCAGGUUUACCUGUUACCUAGGUAGUUUUAUAGACUUGCCGCUGUCGAAUCGCGAUAGUCUUUCGGUAGGGGAAGGCAUCGUGAUCAAAUCUACGAGAUUGCCGCCAUUGCUGAGGUUCACCCGUAACUUGUCAAUGGCUUAACUGCCGAGAAUCAAAGUACGUGAGAGGUUGUUGAAAUAAACGGGCAGAACCAUGGAAGAGGAGAGGGCUUUUCAAUCGCUUCUGGACACUAGCUAGACAUAGUAUACAUAGAUAACUUGUAUACGUUAACCGUAUAUUCUUCAAU